CUCCUCAGACCUCUUGCACCAGUUUGAAUAGUCCCCUCUGCUCCUCACCUGCGUCUUCUUCCCUCCCUCCGUCCGUCCCUCAACAACACUGCUGAGCUCCGCGCGCGCGCACUCACCCCCGCUGAGCUCCGCGCCCAUGAGGAGGCGGCGGUGGGCACGCGCCGCCGCCCUGUGCCUUGCCAUCGCCGUCGUGCUGCAGCUCGGCGCGGACGCCGCUUCCGUCACGCCGUUCUCCGGGCGACCGCGCGGGCCCGCUGCUCGCAGGUGGCUGCCAGCGUCGCCGCCCAUGGUGGCUGCCCACAAUGCAGCGCCCAAGCCAAAGACCAGUCCGGGAGGCAGCGGCCGCACGGUCGCGUUCGACGCCACCGCCGCCGAGGGCGCCCGGUGCAAGACCAGCACGGCGCGUAAGUCUCCCCCCGGUGCCCGCGGCGCCGCGUGCGCCGCCGACGACGACGACAAGCGCGUCGUCCCCACGGGCCCCAACCCGCUGCACAACCGGUGACCACGCGACAGGCGGCGCCACGCCGCAACAAAUCGCCAACAUGAGCAGCUAGCAAUCCUCGUUUGGGCAGGGCAAGGCAAUGCUGCAAACACAAGGAGGGAGAAGCGGGCGCAGCGCCGGCGGCGAGCGGAAGCGGAGCGCCGGACAGAAUUUCCCGCCGCGGAGCGGGUUCUUCUGCCUGGCGCUCGUCGGUCUUUCACCAUGUAAUUAGUUAGUCAGCUACUAGUACCUGAAUCUUUUUGGAUGCUUAAUGCGCCAUGAUCUUGUCUGCUUCCUUCUUGGUCGAGCUUUUGUCCGCGAGUAGUGUUCGUUUGUUCUAUCAGAAACAAGAACUGUUCUUUGGCUCAGCUAUCCGCUUGACUUUCAUCCGUGGGGGUCGUUCUUCUGAUGCUAGAACCGGAAGAUUCUUCUGUUCAUCGUGUAAUUAGUUAGCUUAGCUACUGCUUGAAUCUCUUUGGAUAUGCUCGGCUCCUGCGAACGAUCUUAUUGUCUGCUUCUUUCUUGUU